AUGGAUUUUCUCAAGGCUGAAAUUGCUGCCAAACGCAAAUCAGGAGAUGAUGCUAGUUCUAGGCCUCAAAAAUACAUGCGAAAAGGGGACAUUGAAAGACUGAAGCGCGAGCAAAAGGAGGCAGAGGAGGAGGCCAAACGCAAGGCAAUCCAGGAAGAGCAGGAACGCAAGGAGCGCGUAGAGAAGGCUGCAGCGCGAAAUGCCAAAUCCAAGUCCAACUCGCCAUUCCCAGAUACUGGUACACCCACAGAGGGUGGUACCAGCGAGGCCUUCAACAUCUCUAAUGAGGAGGCAAUUCGCCGUCUCCGGCAAAAAGGCCAGCCCAUCCGCCUUUUCGCAGAGACCGAUCGAGAGCGUAGGCUGCGUUUGCGUGCGUUAGAAUUGAUCGAGGAGCGUGGUGAGCGUGGAACCAGUCAAAACGUGUUCAAGAAGGCCUUGGAGGAGAUGGAGGGCACGUUGGACAAAGAGGAGAUCGAACGUCGUGCAGGGCAUACGGACAAAGGAAAGGCCGAUGAUCCCAGCGAAUCCUCCAAGCGGGGAGAUACACCAAAGGCCGCGGCAGCAGAGGAGAACACGAUCAUUGAUUUGGCUUUGAUCAAGACCAACCCAGACAAACUCUAUCCAUUGAUCUACUAUGCACUCAAGCGAGUACUGAAAGAGUGGGAGCAAUCCAUGGCUGAGCGGCCAGACCAGAUCAAGCGCUCGACGCAAGGGAAACUUGCUGCGGCUACACAGGUUCAGUCUGCCGAGUACCUCAAGCCCCUGUUCAAACAACUCCGGUCUAAGACGGUGGCAGAAGACGUACUAGGGAAACUUGCUGAGAUUAUUCAUUACAUGCAAAAACGGGAGUACCAAAAAGCGAAUGACGCAUACCUCCGGCUGAGCAUUGGGAAUGCUGCGUGGCCUAUCGGCGUUACCAUGGUUGGUAUCCAUGAACGUUCAGCGCGCGAAAAGAUUUCGUCGGAUCAGGUUGCCCAUGUCCUGAACGACGAAGUUUCACGAAAAUACAUUCAGAGUGUAAAGAGGUUAUUAACAUUUGCGCAGUCCAAAUAUCCGCCUUCGGACAUGUCGCAACUCAUGGGUUGA